UCCUGAACUUUCCAUCUCUAUAUUACACUUUUCUUCUACUUCUCCAUUUUUUUUUCUUUUAUCUCUCUGCUGCAUAAACAUCAAAAUCUUAAAAAAAUUAAAAAAGAAACCUAGUUUCUCUCUCUCUUAAGCUUCUCUCUUCUUCUUUCAGUUUCUCCAUACCUCUGUUACUCAGUUCAUCAAUCUCUCUCUCUCUUUCAGCCCAUUCUUUUCUCCAUACAGAGACUUUCUUUUCUUUCCUAAAUUCUUGGGUUCUUUCUUUCGUUCUUUCUUUUAUAAGCAUGGAUGUUGACAUGAUGAAAUCAUCAUCAUCAUCAUCAUCAGGAGAGGAACACAUGGACAUGAUGACAAUGAUGAUGCAAAUGGAAAAGCUUCCUGAUUUUUGUGACCCUAAUAUGCAACAAGAAAUCCAUUUUGGCUCCAAUGGAAAUAAUACUAUUUAUAAUGUUUCUGCUUCUUCUUCACUUCUUAACCCUAACCCAUCUCCUUCUUUACCAUUUUUGGCCACUACAACUCCAAUUCAAGAACCCAUUACAGGAUCUCUUCAGCCUAAUAUGGUAACAGCAACAAAAUUCAAAUAUCCACCUCCAUUUUCAAAUGCAAACUCGUUUUUAUCAUCAAUGGAAAAGAAAAACUCAACAGCAGCCAUUAGAGAAAUGAUUUUUCGCAUUGCUGCUAUGCAACCGAUUCAUAUAGACCCAGAAUCGAUAAAGCCUCCAAAAAGAAGGAACGUUAAAAUAUCUAAAGAUCCACAGAGUGUAGCAGCAAGGCAUAGGAGGGAAAGAAUAAGCGAAAGGAUAAGGAUUUUACAAAGAUUAGUUCCAGGAGGGACUAAAAUGGACACUGCUUCUAUGUUAGAUGAGGCUAUACAUUAUGUCAAGUUUUUGAAAAAGCAAGUGCAGUCUUUAGAACAAGCUGGGUCUAAUAGACCAAUGGCUGGCUUUCCGUUUUCAGGUUUAACAAUGCCUAAUAUGGGUUAUUCUUCUUUGGUUAAGAAUUGCCAGUCAAGUCCUCAUAUGGUGGGCUCAAUGCAGAUACUUAGAUAAAAGACAGGAUUGGGUUAAGGUUAAUUAUAUGAUUUUAAUGUGCAUUAGUUGUGGUUUGAGAGAUAUUGUAAAUUACUUAAGAUUAUUCAGCUGUUAUCUUGUUCCCUUUGUUGUGUAAUAUUAUUUCAAAUUGAUGAUUCUAAUUAUCAUUAUUAAUUAAUGUA